GAUGUUAAAGUACGAAUCAUUUUUAACAAUGCGUUGUAAUGUGUUGUUCAUGUUUAGCGUCUGAUCAUGGUAGUGGUGGUAAUUAAUACCGUUGUUAUUUAGUGUGAGGGAACCAGUGUGGAUCGCGAAAUUAAAUGGACUUGUUUGCGAUAGAUACAAACGCACAUGCUGCGAGUACUAUAACCGGCCUGACGUUGCCAUGAAUCUCUCAGACUUCGGCUUAGGGGCUCUGAAUCUCUCCACGAGAAGUCGCCUGAUGAUGUUCAACAAGACCUACGCUGACGCCCAUGGCUACGUUAGCGUGUGUGUGUGCGUGUUCGGGAUUGUAACAAAUCUCUUCAACGUUUCCGUUCUGACACGUAAGCACAUGGGGACACCGGUAAACCAAAUUCUUACAUGGCUCGCCGUGUCGGACCUUCUUACCAUGGUUUCGUACAUUCCGUUUGCUCUCCACUUUUACUGUCAGUUACAUAAUCGGGUUGAACAGCUUCAUGAACGCAACAGCCAUGCCUGGAUGUCUUUCUUGGUGUUCCAUAUCAACAUAACGUCAACCACCCAUACAAUAUCAAUAUGGAUGUGCGUGACAUUAGCCAUCAUUCGAUACAUCCACAUAACAAACCCGACAAAGACGAAUGGUUUUCAGCUAAAGCGGAUUCAACAAACCCGGAUUGUGAUAAUAAUAGUUUACAUUUCAUCUGCAGUCGUUUUGAUUCCAAAUGACCUAAGCAACGAACUUCACGAGACACUACAGGGUAAUAAAACUAUAUAUUAUCUUGAAGAUCUCAAGCUAGGGCGGCCAGGCACGGAGACCACAGUGCUAAUUAACGUUUGGAUGUAUGCAAUGAUCGCUAAGUUAGUACCGUGUCUGCUUAUGUCAAUAUUUGGUGGUUUGCUGGUGUACAACAUUCAUGUCAAAAUUCGCCACCGUCAGAAGGUUUUGCAGAUAUCAGGGAAAAGUAGUAUACGACUUGUCAGAGCAUUCACGCACGACAAAAAUGUUAAUAGCUGUGAUAACGUUAUUUAUAGUAACAGAACUCCCACAAGGUAUUUUAAUUGUUUGCAGCGCAUGCAUUGACAAUUUUUUCGACACCGUGU